AUGCCUGGAAAGCGAGCCUUGCCUUCCGAAGAGGGAGACCGCGCUGACCGCAAACGUGCCCGUACUAAAUUGACCACGGGCCUAGACAACAAGAAAACGAACCAGGCCAUCAACAUGGCGCUGAGCAAAGCGAAGGUCGGGAAGAAAUACGCCUGGAUGAACCAGGAGACACGCGCUGUUGAAAAUCCCCCACCGUCUUUCUACAAGGCCGUGGAAAAAGUAGGAGAAAAAGAAGCAGAGGGCACGCCUGCCAAGAACAUCACAGGCUCGAAGAAGCCGGCCCUCCCGACUCCACCCAAAGCGGACAAAGGGAAGAAGCCUGAACAACAGAAAAAGCAGAAGCCUGUUGUUCAGGAACCUGAGGAAGACCCUGCUCUGGCGGAAGCCCAAGAGCAGGAGGACCUGUUGGCCAUGGUAGACUACGUCUACCAAUUUGCCUAUUAG